AUACAUUGUAAAAGUGGACAAUGCAUAUCACCAGAUUUGGAUGAAGGUGGUGAUAAUGGACAAACAAGUGCUGAUAAUAGUUCUGCUAAUACUUCCUCAACAACAGUAACUGUUCCUACAUUAUCAACAGAACAGUCAUUUCAAUUAACGACAGAAUCUCAUCGGUCAUUAUUCUUAAAUCCUGUCAACCAACAACGAUUCCCUAGGUUUCCAUCUAGUAAUCCGACGAUACAAAGUGGUUUUGUUGCGCCCAGUCCAUAUCAAACUCCUAAUACAAUGAUGCCAACAAAUGGAGGCUUUCAAUUAUCUGAUUUUAAUGUUUAUACACAUUUUUCACCAAAAAUGUCUAUACCAUAA